CAUCGCGUAGCGUUGCCAAACAAUGGGCAGGAAAAAAAGCCACGUUGACGAGAGAGGCUGAAGUCUGAGGUUGUUUCUGUCGCAGUGUGAAACACGUUUUUUUUCUCCGAACACGGAGGUUGUUUUCCUUUUAAUUGAGGUGUUUUCCUGUUUGGAGCCUGGUCAUGUCAUCACCACCGAAGGAGAGAAACGAGACCAGAGCCGGACAUCCUCCUGCUGUGAAAGCAGGAGGGAUGAGGAUAGUCCAGAAACACCAAACUGCUGGAGAUUCCUCAUCAGACAGGAAGGAGGACAAGGACAGUAAAGAGUUUGAGAGCUGCAGCCCACCGAAAAUGCCAGUUGUGGUUUCUGGUGUGGUGACAAAGGGCGAUAAGGACUUCACCCCAGCUGCAGCUCAGGUGGCUCACACGAAGCCUGUACCCUCGGUGCAGAAGCUGCCACCAUCCCACCACAUCAACCAGCACAUCCACCAGCCCCGCAAGUGAACCUCCAACUCCCUCCAGUGCACGAGGACCACACCACCACCCCCAGCCGAUUCUCCCCACACAUUCCUACCCCAGUCCCAAACGAGCCCAAAUCCCAGACAAGAAUCCCACUCAAUUUUUAGUCCUAAAUGCCCAAUGUUUCCACCUGACUGCCAGCUGAUUCUCGUUAUCCCAUUGUUCCUGUUUAUCCCUAACAAACCUUCAACCAAAUUCCAGCCAGGAUCCAGAUCAUUACAAUACCAAAUUAAUUCCUAUCAGAUUCCAAGCCAAUUCCCAACCAGCUCUGAAACGAUUCUUGGAUAAUUUACACCCAAUUCACGAAAUUUUCCUCCACCGAUUCUAAAAAUUCCCGACCAAUUCCCAAGUGAGUACUCAGGUUCAUUAGAGGAUUCCCAGCAUUCCUCAUGACCCCGUUUUUCUCUGUGCCUGCCAGUGUUCUGCCUUGACUAACAUCCUGAGAAACACACACACACACACACACACGGUUCUGUUUUCUCUUUCCUUUUAAAAUCUUCUACACUAAAUCCAAGAGCUGAAGAUCCACCGAACACGCAGAAGAUUUCGAUCUUCAGCCGAAACGAAUUUACGUUUGUUUUGUUUGUUUUUUAGACCAAUGAUUUUCCUGGAAUGAUGUAAAGUGUAUAAAUCGGUGUGUAAGUGGAUGAUGUGAUGUUAGAAGUUAGGUGUGGCUUUCUGAAUAAAGAGUUAAUAUAAAAUCA